ACCGGUUCACAAGUUUGAUAGUAAUAAAAAAAUCAAUUCGAAAUUAGGGAAAGCUUCAGUUCAGUCGACUUCUCCGAUUGAGCAGUUUCAGUCGACAUCUUCGAUUUUCCAUUCUCUUCGAUGACAGUGAAGGCAGUGAGCAGGGGGUGACGGCAAGCCGGAUUCUGAAAGAGUUCGACGGCGAGUGCGACGCUGGGUAAAGGAAGAAGUAGGGUGUUGCAUCUCUUCGUCGAUUUUGAUUCGCGGAAAAGGGGAUUGAGCUCGUCGAUUGCAUAGACUGGGAUUUUUUCGACGGCAACGGAGGAAAUAGCCCCAUUUCCACCUUCGAAUUGUUUCUCCCUAGAAAGGUGGCUCUUAUUCUUCAAAGCUCUUAUUCUCCAGUCCAUCCAACCUUAGCCCAGUGCCCGCCAUCAUUAGCUUCAAGCUCACCCGCCUUGGCUUUACUGUGCUUGAAGGUUUUCACCGACGGCAACGGAGGCAAUAGGCCCAUUGCCAGUUUUACUGUCGGAGGAGCUCGAUCGUUUGAGCCCCAUUGUCAGUUACCGCAGCCCCCUUGCAUCUCCGCCAUUGGUUGCUGUCGUCGUUACAGGUCGACCUAGGGUUUGUAUUCUGUUUUAUUUGCUUUCCUACUUAUUUGUUAGUCUCUGCGAAGUUUCUUCAGUUCGUCUGAGACCUUUUAACCUGCCCUGAAUCUGCCGGCUUUUGAUUGUAGUUCGCGAAAUAAGCAGAGGGGGAAAAAUCAAAGUAGAAAGAGAUGUUCUUUCUGAGUCUGAUAGAGCACAAACUACGUUUGCCACCUGCUGAUCUAUCGCUUCCUCUCCAUGAAGGCAUCAAGAAAUUUCUUGAUGGUAUCUUCUUGGAUAGGGUUAUCUUGAACUUGGGACGCUGUGUGUCCAUCUAUGACAUUAGAAAUAUAUAUGGCGGCUUCAUUCAUGCCGGAGAAGGUGCUCCAACCUACACUUAUCGCGUGGAUUCCUUGAUGAUAUCUAUGUGCCAGCUCAUCAGCUUCCCCAACCAUGCCAUCAAAUUCCGGAUCCUGAUCGCAGAUUUAAAGUCAGAUGGAUAUGGGAAUACGACAUCGAAGAUACAUGAAACCCAGAACAGUAUAACAUCGAGGGCUUGGAUUGCAUUAUUAGCACCACAAACUUACUAGGAAAUCUAUAUGCAAGUUUACAUUGUCUUUACCAUGCUGCUCCCCUCACUGUCCUGUUAGGUGGUUCCGAGUUCUGAAUGUGAGCUUCCCACCACUUUCAAUUGAGCAUCGAGAGAAGCCUUUUGCUAUGAUGCUUGUUACUGGAUCCAUAUCUGAAUGUGGUUUGGGGCCGGUUUCAUGGUGGUGAUAGAAAAGGGUUCAGAACUUGAAGAAACUAAGGAUUUUUUGCAAUGACAUUAUCAUAAAAGCACUGGGGAAGAUUGGAUGGCCUAGCCUAGAGUAUGGUCCAGAGUCGUUUGUAUCUAGGUUGCCUUUGCAGGAAGAUUGGAUGGCCUAGCCUAAUGUCAUCGGAAUGUUCCAAGUAGAAACUGCAUAAAAAACUUAGAGAAUGCUAGCUCUAUUCCUACUUAAGUCAUGACAUGUUGUUACAAUUUGUAAGCAAUCUAUGCUAUGAAACAGCCACAUUUUACGGGUAUGAGAUUUUCAACUCCAAGCCCGUGAUAAUGACUAGGAUUUAGCGAGUAACAUGUACAAAAAAUUUACUUCAAGUUAAUUUUAAUAUUUACGAAUUUUAUGUGAUGGUCA